CCGCGCGCAACAUCCGUGUUUUUCCUCUGUGCCGAGAGAAGCGAGAAGCGAAGGGUGGCUGCAAGCGUUGGUGUUGUGAAGUUGCGGCUAUUGUUGAUGCUUUAGCGUCUCUCUGUUUGUCAAAGAAGUCUUGUCGUUUCGUGAUCAAAAUUAAAUUGUGAAGUCAACAUGGAUGAAGACUUACCUUAUCGUGCCGAGUAUGCUAAAAGUGCUCGAGCCUCCUGCAAAACCUGCAAAGGCCCAAUCGCUAAGGAUGUCCUUAGGCUCGCUGUGCUAGUGCAGUCUAGCAGGUUUGAUGGAAAAAUGACCCUCUGGCACCAUUUUGAAUGUUUCUUCACUAAGCAACGGCCCAAGACAGUUGGAGACAUUGCCCAUUUUGAUUCUUUGAGAUACGAUGACCAAGAAAAGAUCAAAGCUAAAAUUGACAACUGUGGCCCAGCUCCAGCAGCUAAUGGCAAAGGCAAAGGGAAAAAACGAGCAGCUGUUGCUGCUGGUGUUCAAGAUUUCUCUGUUGAAUAUGCAAAAUCUAACAGGGCUGAGUGUAGGGGGUGUGAGCAGAAAAUUAUGAAGGAUGUUGUCCGUAUUUCAAAGAAAGAUUUUCAGAGUGAAUCUGGUAAAAAAUUUGGAGGAGAGAACCUCUGGCACCAUGUAGAAUGUUUUGCUAAGUUAAGAGAUGAAUUGCAAUUUUGGGCAUCAGGUGCAGAUUUACCUGGUUUCUUUACUCUUACCAAAGAAGAUCAACAGACAUUGAAGGAACAAUUGCCAAAAGUGACACCGAAAGUUGUCAAAGAUGAAGUUGAUGGUGUCACCCCAGCCAAAAAGAUUAAAUCUGAAAAACUUGAUAAUGAAGAGGAAGAGGAAAUAAAAAGGCAGAACAUCAUCUUGUAUGGAUAUCGAGAUAAACUCAAGGAGCAACUCAAAAAGAAAGAGCUCGAGGCACUGUUUGUGUACAAUAAACAAGCUAUACCUAGUGGCCAAGAGCAGAUGUUGGAUAGGCUUGGAGACAUCAUGACCUUUGGUAAACUUCUUCCAUGUCCUGUAUGUAAAGAUGGACAAUUUGUAUUCAGAUCAGGUGUUGGCUAUCAAUGCUUAGGAAAUAUUUCUGAGUGGGCAAAAUGUGAAAACAGAACGCUUGACCCCCCACGAGGUACAUUCAGGGUCCCUAAAGAUCUGAAAGAAAGUUAUCCUUUCCUAGAAAGUUACAAGUACAAGCCAGAAAAGCGAAUCAUCAAAAUUGUUCCAUCAUCGACCGCCUCCUCUUCUGUGACAUCUCAUCAAGUGAAGUCAGAACCUGGAUCAGUCACAAAAUCCAUACCAAAAGUCAACAGGCCACCUCCACCAUUUGACAAUUUAGAAUUUGUGAUCCUUGGUAAAUUAAAAAUGGAUAAAGAUGAACUUAAGAAUUUGAUCACUAAAAAUGGUGGAAAAGUUGGCUCUAAAAUUCACUCUAAAACUUUUGCUGUUAUUUCUACUGCAGCUGAAGUGGAGCGGCUUAAUAGUCGCAUGGAACAAGCCCAAGAUGAAGAUGUGCAUGUUGUAUCAGAGGAUUUUGUCAAGGCUGUACUUGAUGGAGAAUCUGCCCUCAAAGCUGUUGAUAAGAUGUCUAUUGCACCUUGGGGUGGUGAUCCCACAAAAAGAAUUCCUGAGAAGAAGGAAUCUCUGAAGUCCAAAAGUGCAAGCAUGUAUAAGAGCAAGUCUGGAACUGUUAAGUUGAAGCUGAAAGAUGGAUCAGCUGUUGACCCAGAUUCUGGUUUGGAAGACAGAGCUCAUGUUUAUAAAGAUGGUAAAACUAUUUAUAAUGCUGCUCUUAGCAUCACAGACAUCCAAAAAGAUAAAAACAGCUUUUACAAACUUCAAAUUUUGGAGGCUGAUAAGUCAAAACGCUACUGGCUAUUCCGUUCUUGGGGACGCAUUGGUACGACUAUUGGUGGGACCAAGCUGGAAGAUAUGUCUUUAGAAGAUGCCAUUGAUACCUUUGAAGACCUGUAUCAUGAAAAAAGUGGUAACUCAUGGUCCAACCGCAAUCACUUUGUCAAAGUGCCUGGUAGAAUGUACCCAAUGGAAGUGGAUUAUGGCAAUGAGGAAAAGGCUCUUAAAUUGGCAGAUGCUCAAAGUAAUGUCAAGUCCAAGUUGGCUAAAUCUGUCCAAGAUCUCAUAAAAACAAUAUUUGAUGUGGAAACAAUGAAAAAGUGCAUGAUGGAGUUUGAGCUGGAUCUUGAAAAGAUGCCCUUGGGAAAGCUUAGUCAGAAACAGUUGCUUCAAGCCUAUUCUGUCUUGAAGGAUGCUUUGGAGCUUGUGCAGAAAGAGGACAAGGAAGGAGUGACUGGUCCAAACUCACGUGCCAAGUACAUUGAUCUCACAAAUCGUUUCUUCACCCUUGUACCUCAUGACUUCGGUGUGGACAAGCCCCCUCUCCUCAACACUGAGGAGCUUAUUAAGCAAAAAAUGAACAUUAUUGACAACUUACUUGAGAUUGAAAUUGCGUACAACUUAUUGGAGGGUGGAGCUAGCAGUGACAAUGUGCAUCCCAUUGAUGCCCAAUAUGAGAAACUCAAGGCUGAUAUUGAAGUUUUGGAUAAAAAUGCUGAAGAGUAUAAGUUACUCGAGACUUAUGUCAAGAAUACUCACGCAUCUACCCACACACAAUAUUCUCUUGAAAUUGAUGAAGUGUUCAAAGUGCGGAGGCAUGGAGAAGAGCGUAAAUACAAACCAUUUGAGAAAUUGCACAACAAAAAAUUGUUGUGGCACGGGUCAAGGCUUACAAAUUAUGCUGGUAUUCUUUCUCAGGGUCUUCGCAUUGCUCCACCUGAAGCCCCAGUCACUGGCUACAUGUUUGGAAAGGGUGUUUACUUUGCAGAUAUGGUCUCUAAAUCUGCUAACUAUUGUUGUACCUCCAAAUCAAACCCUAUUGGUUACAUGCUGUUGUGUGAGGUUGCAUUGGGAAAUAUGUAUGAACGUACCCGGGCUGAUUUCAUAGAAAAACUUCCUAAGGGAAAGCACAGUUGCAAAGGUGUGGGUAAAUCUGAACCCGAUCCAGCUGAAUCUGUGAAAACUAAAGAUGGGGUGGAAAUUCCCCUUGGCAAAGGUGUCACUGAUCUUGAGAAGGACUCUACUCUUCUGUACAACGAGUAUAUUGUUUACGAUACCGCUCAGGUGAAGUUCCAAUAUCUCUUCAAGAUGAAGUUCAAGUAUUUGUAAACUUCUUGGUAAGAUAGAAGACAUCACCUGCUUGGCCAAGGUGAACAAAGAACUCACGAACCAGUACUUAUUU